AUGGAGAAGAGGAGGACUAAAAGCAGAACAACAAGGACACCGCAACAAUCAUUAGAUGAUCUUCCUACGGAGUUAAUGCACCGUAUACAAUCGUUGUUAUCGGAACAAGAAUCUGCCCGCACGUGUGUCUUGUCCAAGUCAUGGCACCACGCCUGGUCUACCAUCCCAACCCUCAGGUUUCCCCAUUUUAUUGGCUCUUCACGAGAAACAAAAAACAAUGAGCUGGUCUACAAGACUAUCCAAAGGUAUCACGAAAACGAUGUACCAAUCGAAACUUUAGCUUUUGAAUACUUUGUUACAGACCCGGGUUAUGCUAAAUCUUGUUUUCGGCAUGUACUAUCGUCCAAAACUAGAAGUUGUCUCAAGGAGCUUUCCCUUAAAGGUUGCAAUUUCACCGGCUCCAUGUUUACAUUCGCAGAUGAUUUAUUGUUCUCUGGCGAAAAGUUACAAACAAUUCAGUUGAAUUGCUACCGGAUCAUUAAUCCCGGUAUCAAUCCUGUGAUCAAAUGUGCAUCCUUGCGUGUUCUAGUGUUAAAAGAGGUGAAUAUAAGUGAAGACGUCUUUCAUAGCUUAUUGUCUACUUGUAGCUUGCUUGAGGAGGUUCGCCUUGAUUUAUGCGAAGGCUUGAAGACAAUCAAGGUUAAAAAUCUUAAUUGUCUGCGCCAACUUAGAGUGACUUCAUAUGAAGAAGAUGGUCUAUUGGAAAUCGAUAAUGUCCCAAGUCUUGGCUCCUUUUAUUACCAAAGGCGUUGUGUUGUUCGGAAAAGCCAUUUACCAUUUAAAACUACAGACAGCACCACGGCUUCUUCAUUAGGAAGAAGCGUGACUGGGCUACAUUUAGAAGGCAUGAUUAUUGACAGUACAUUUUUUGAUAUGAUCGAAUCCAAGUUUCCUUUUCUCGAAAGCUUGGAACUUCGAAGCAAGGGUCGGGCCUCGAAAAGGUAUGUUAUCACUAGUCCUCUCAAAAGGCUCACCCUAUACAUGAAGCACGGGCUAAUGGGCCUACAAGUUUAUGCUCCAAAUUUACUUUCUUUUGAAUAUAAAGGCAAGACACUACCUACUCUAUUGUUUCAAGCCAAUGCUCCCAAGGAAAUUAAACUUAGACUCAACUUGAGGAAUCCAGUCGGUACUUCGUUCUUCAUUUGGUUGAGGGAAGUACUUAAUUUAUCAAGCAAGUUUGACAUUCAUAUAGAAUUCAGUCAUGAUGAUGGAACACCAUUCUCAUCGAACGGAAGUGUUGAUGUUGAUGAUCUUAGAAAAAGGGUCCUGUUUCCGGUUACUAAUGUCCAACUACUAUCCCUUGAUUAUUUUAUAGAUUUGGGUGAUGUAUUCAGGGAGCAUACACGAGCCUUUGAUGCUUUCUUUUCUAUUUUCCAUCCCACUCGUGUUAAGCUAUAUGGAUUCUACAGCAAGUCCCUCUGUAAGCUAACAGUGAGGGGGAUGAUGGAAAAUAACAUGACUGAUCUUAAAGAUGUCCUAAUAAAAAAACCCUCUUAG